AUGCCACUUUCGCUUCUCCUAACUGUUGUCGUGGCCGACGACGAUCCGUCUGCCACUUACUGCAGCGACGACAAUUGCUUCGAGCAAACUACGGCCUCAGGAGACUCCGACAUCGAGACCAAACUCCAGCAUCCUGCUGACAAACCUCGGGUUUACGGUGCUGCUUUCUGCGAGAAGUCGCCACCGGAGUCCUGCAAGCACUGUCUCAGGGCGGCCAAGAAAGAGCUUCUUCACGGAUGUGACCACGCCGCUGGUGCUGAGUUCUACUCCGAGCUUUGUUACUUGAGAUUUGAGAUCUAUAACUUCCUUUCCUGA